UAAAUUGCUGUAGCAAGAUUCCGACAAGAAAAUCCGAAAUCAAUUACGUAAUACGUUUUGUAUAGAAAAAUGUAUUCAUUUAUUUUAAUUAGUUUUUAGGAUAUUUAUAGGAUAUUUAUCAAAAAUGUCGGAAUUUACAAUUGCACUUUUUGAUGACGGACUCCAAUUGGUUCCUUCAUCGUGGAUUUUUAAUGAUAAUACAAUGUGUCACUGGCCGUCUUAUAUGAGCGAACAGAAAAUUCGGAAAACAAUUAUCGCAAAAACCAGUCCUGAUUGCACCUGGACUACUCAUAAAAUUCUGCGCAUUUUUGGAACGUCAAGUACAUAUGAGUCAGGAAUUGAAAAAGUAAAACUUGCCCAAAAAUAUUCCGACUUGGAUACUUCCGACAUCGACAUUUCACGUCACAAACGUACAGCACGCAAAAAAAAAGACAUUAAAAAAUGAUAAUUUUGUAUAUCCUUCGUCAGGUUCUGACGACAGCGAUCAAAACAAUAACACUGUUCCUAAAAAAGAAGUGACUGAGAAAAUAAGAACAUUUGCAACACCACCGCCGCCGUUGCCGAAAUCAUUUAUUGCUAAUGAACCAACAAACACAAAAGUAACACAAAACAAAGAUCUGCAAAGCGAAGAACUUUUUUCUAAAAAAAAUAUGAACAAAGAGUCCUCAUCUACUUUGUUAGCCACUCGAGACACUACAAACAUAAAAGUAAUACAAAAC